AUGUCUGGGGAGCAAGCCUACAGCAAGAAUCAAAAUUACAAGGGCCAUGGAUUGUCAAAGGGAAAAGAGCGAGAGCAGAGAGCAUCGAUCCGGUUCAAGACCACCCUUAUGAAUACUCUCAUGGACGUCCUUCGCAACAGGCCAGGAUGGGUGGAAGUAAAGGACGAAGGGGAGUGGGAUUUCUACUGGUGUGAUGUCAGCUGGCUCCGGGAAAACUUCGACCACACCUACAUGGAUGAACAUGUGCGGAUCAGCCACUUCCGGAACCACUACGAACUGACCCGCAAGAACUACAUGGUGAAGAACCUGAAGCGGUUCCGGAAACAGCUGGAGCGCGAGGCAGGAAAGCUGGAGGCGGCCAAGUGCGACUUCUUCCCCAAAACCUUUGAGAUGCCGUGCGAAUACCACCUGUUUGUGGAGGAGUUUCGCAAAAACCCGGGAAUCACCUGGAUCAUGAAGCCUGUAGCCCGGUCGCAGGGGAAGGGCAUCUUCCUCUUCCGGAGGCUGAAGGACAUCAUGGACUGGAGGAAGGGCAACGCUGGGAAGAAGCUCGCCAGCCCGGAGGCCCAGCCAGCCAGGAGCACUGCCAAUCCCUCUGGCAGCCACGACACAAGAAGUUCUGAUGACCAGAAAGAUGAAAUUCCCGUGGAGAACUAUGUAGCUCAGCGAUAUAUUGAAAAUCCCUACCUGAUAGGAGGCCGCAAGUUUGACCUGCGUGUCUACGUGCUGGUGAUGUCGUACAUCCCGCUGCGGGCCUGGCUCUACCGGGAUGGCUUUGCCCGAUUCUCCAACACCCGCUUCACGCUCAACAGCAUCGAUGACCAGUACGUUCACCUCACCAAUGUGGCCGUGCAAAAGACGUCUCCCGACUACCACCCAAAGAAGGGCUGCAAGUGGAUGCUGCAGCGCUUCCGACAGUACCUGGCGUCCAAGCACGGGCCCGAGGCGGUGGAGACCCUCUUCAGCGACAUGGACAACAUCUUCAUCAAGAGCCUGCAGAGCGUGCAGAAGGUGAUCAUCAGCGACAAGCACUGCUUCGAGCUCUACGGCUACGACAUCCUCAUAGACGAGGACCUCAAGCCGUGGCUCCUGGAGGUCAAUGCGUCCCCGUCGCUGACGGCCAGCAGCCAGGAGGACUAUGAGCUCAAGACCUGCCUCCUGGAAGACACCCUGCACGUCGUGGACAUGGAGGCCAGGCUCACGGGAAGGGAGAAGCGAGUCGGAGGCUUUGACCUCAUGUGGAACGAUGGCCCUGUCAGCAGAGAGGAGGGGGCUCCCGACCUGUCAGGGAUGGUGAACUUUGUGACCAACACGCACCUUGGCUGCGUCAAUGAUCGGGAAAAGCAGCUGAGGCAGCUGUUCCGCUCCCUCCAAGGCCAGAAGAAAGCUGCCAGCUAAUCCUGAGCCGCCGGGAGGAGAGCGACCCCGGGAGGUGCCACGCCAGUCCUCUCCCCACUCCACGCUUCCAGCACAGCAGCACCUCAGAGCAUUCGCCUCCCGCCCUCCGGCCUGGCAGCAGCUUUGCUGGCUGGGGGCCCGCUGCUUGCUGCUUGUUCCGGGCCCCCUGGAUGCACACUCCCCACUCCCCCUCCAGGCGUCUCUGCACCAGGAGACAGCCAAUCCCCAGGACUGGAUGGGCUUUAACCUUCACAGAUUGGCUUGGCAACCAGGCCCAAAGAGGACAAAUGCAGCAAGUCCUGCUACCCGAGAGAGAGCACAUCUAAUAAACGAGCACAGGCCUUACUCCAAGAGUCACUGGGCACCAGGCCUAGCGCAGGGGA